CUGCCACCAUGUCGCGUUCCCUUGGCUCCCUCCCGCCCGAACCGGCAGCGGAGACGGUGGCCUCCCGGCUGCGGGCCGUGGCACAGUUUCUCAGGCGGGCGCUGCCGUUGUGCCAGGCCCACACGGUAGAGUUUUACACGCGGGGGCUGUGGGAGCAGCUGGUGGCUCUCUCUCCCGAGACGGUGCUGGAGGCGUUGAGCGGGGCCGGGCUCCUGCGGCAGCAGCGCCCCCUGGAGGAGGCCGCCGGCACCGCCAGGUCUGGGCUAUGGGAUAACUGCAAGUUUUCCAACGUGUUCUGUGAAAAUUCUCAGAAGCUGGUCAACGUGCAGUUCUUUGCUCUCGCUGCUAAAUACCAUUCCUUGCCAAGCCUUGAAGUGUGUACCCCAUUAGACCAGAUGCUUGGAGCACUGAGUGGAAAGCAACACGAGAGAUGUGAAAUCAAAACAGAUGAGUUUAUGAAUGAUAAGAAAUCUCAUGAAGUGGAGAUGAUGUCAGAAUUGAUAAAUAGCAUUGCAAAUUUUUGUGGUAUAAAGCAGGUGAUUGACCUGGGCUCUGGAAAAGGCUACCUAAGCUCCUUUUUAUCCAUGCAAUAUAAUCUAAAGGUUUAUGGAAUUGAUUCCUCAAACACCAACACUUAUGGAGCUAAUGAAAGGAACAGGAAAUUGAAGAAACAUUGGAGAGCUUAUCAAAGUCGGGCAAGAGCAAAUGUCAGAGGCCAAGUGUUGGAAGAGCCAAAGGAUAGGGCAGUGCAAGAUGAAAUGAAAUGUAGAGCAAAUAUCAACGAAAAGCUUUUAAGUACUAACAACAGUCUUUUAAGUCAGGACCAGAUGGCUAGCUCAGAUUCAGUUCCUUUGGAAAUUACUGGUGCUUUCACAGACUCUGCUAUGUUGAAUACCAGCAAACAAACUGAAACUCAUUUGGUGGCUCAGACUCAGUCUGAUGGGAACAAAAUUUCUGAACAUGCGUUUUCUCUUCUAAACAUUCUACCUGCUGAUGCUGUAGAAGCUGUUUCUUCAUCUAAAUAUAACAUGGAGCUCUGUGAAGAGGAAAAAGAGCAAAGAAAAAUGGCUUCCAUCAAGGCCAAAGCAAGCAAGUCAAAUGACUCAAACAUUUAUUUGCCAUUGACCUCAUACAUCACUGCAGAAACAGAACUCCGUGAUAUCGUUACAGAUCUGGAGGACUGUAUAAUGGUGGGACUACAUACAUGUGGGGAUCUUGCUCCGAAUACACUGCGAAUCUUUACUGCUAAGCCUGAAAUCAAGGCAGUUUGCAGUGUGGGCUGCUGCUACCAUCUGUUGACAGAAGAGUUUGAAAACCAAAAAGAUUGCUCUCCAGGAUUGUGGGGGUUUCCCAUGUGCCGGUAUUUAAAGGAAGAGGGCUGGUGCUGUGGUCGCAAUGCCAGAAUGUCAGCAUGCUUAGCUUUGGAACGAGUUGCGGUCAGCCAAGUGCUGCCUACAGAAUCAUUGUUUUAUCGAGCUGUUCUACAGGUUAUUAUAGAGGAAUGUUACGGUGUCAUCAAAAGUGAUCGGCAUGUUGGUAAAAUUUUCUCCAAGUCUUCCUCUUUCGUGGAUUAUGUCAGAAAGUCUCUGAAGAAGCUUGAACUAGAUGAGACAAAGCUCCCGGACAGCUGUAUAAUGGAUUACUAUGAAAAAUACAAGCAUAGAAUGAAUGAGCUGGAAGCAUUUAAUAUGUUGAAAGUUGUUCUGGCUCCCUGUAUAGAAGUUUUAUUACUUCUGGAUCGUCUUUGCUACCUCAAAGAGAAGGACAACAUUGCCUGGUCUGGACUGCUGAAGUUAUUUGAUCCUGUGAAAUCCCCCAGAUGCUAUGCAGUUGUUGCUCUGAAGAAAUAGAAGUGUGCUCAAGUUGAAGCAAAUUGCUAGAUAGUUCACAACUCUAGGUCUAAUAUUGUUGUUACUUUUGACACUCACAUUUAUUUUGUUAUUAUUUUAAGCUAUUAUCUAAGUACUUCAAUGAUAUGUUAUGUAACCGUCUUGUUUUUACUUGAAAAAUAAAGCAUUUAAUAAGUGUGAAUCAUGAGAAAUAUAUCCAAAGUAAAAUUGAACUCGUUUUAUAUUUCAACAUGUCCUGGUCUAAUUUAAUAAAGUAAUGUUAAGCAUCUGAUUUUCCCAGAAAAAUUCAGAGGCCCAUAUUGUGUGAUUAUUUUUAAAGCAGAACUCUAUUGAUGUUAAUAGCUUAAAAACUGAUGGGAUAGUAUAAUUCAGACUUAUGGGGAAAUGCCCAUUCUGUUAUAAUCAUAGAACUGGAAGGGACCUCGAGAGGUCUUCUAGUCCAGUCCCCUGCACACAUUGCAGGACUAAGUAUUAUCUAGACCAGCCCUGACAGGUAUUUGUCUCACCUGUUCCACAACCUCUGUGGUCAGUUUAUUCCAGUGCUUAACCACCCUGACAGGAAGUUUUUCCUAAUGUCCAACCUAAAUCACCCUUACUGCAAUUUAAGCCAAUUGCUUCUUGUCCUAUCCUCAGAGGUUAAGGAGAACAAUUUUUUUCCCUCCUUCUUGUAACAACCUUUUAUGUACUUGAAGACUGUUACCAUGUCCCCUCUCAGUCUUCUCUUCUUCAGACUAAACAAACCCAGUUUUUUCAAUCUUCCCUCAUAAGUCAUAUUUUCUAGACCUUUAAUCAUUUUUGUUGCUCUUCUCUGGACUCUCUCCAAUUUGUCCACAUCUUUCCUGAAAUGUGGAGCCCAGAACUGGACACAAUACUCCAGUUGAGGCCUAAUCAGCACAGAGUACAGUGGAAGAAUUACUUCUUGUGUCUUGCUUACAACACUCUUGCUAAUACAUCCCAGAAUGAUGUUUACAUUUUUUUCCAAUGGUAUUACACCAUUGGCUCAUUUAGCUUGUGAUCCCCUAUGAUCCCCAGAUCCCUAUCUGUAGUACUCCUUCCUAGGCAGUCAUUUCCCAUUUUGUAGGAAUGCAACUGGUUCCUUGUAAGAGGGGUACUUUGUAUUUGUCGUCCUUAUUGAAUUUCAUCCUAUUUACUUUGGACUAUUUCUCCGGUUUGUCCGGAUCAUUUUGAAUUUUAAUCCUAUCCUCCAAAGCACUUGCAACCCCUCCCAGCUUGGUAGCAUCCACAAACUUUAUAAGUGUACUCUCUGUGCCAUUACCUAAAUCACUGAUGAAGAUAUUGAACAGAACCAGACCCAGAACUGAUCCCUGUGGGACCCCACUUGAUAUACCCUUCCAGCUUGACUGUGAACCACUGAUUAUUCUCUGGGAACAGUUUUCCAACCAGCUAUGUACCCACCCUAUAGUAGCUCCAUCUAGGUUUUAUUUCCCUAGUUUGCUUAUGAGGUCAUGCGAGACAAUAUCAAAAGCCAGGUUUCAGAGUAGCAGCCGUGUUAAUAUCACAAUAUUAAUAUCAAAAGCCUUACUAAAGUCAAGAUAUACCACAUCUACCACUUCCCCCCCCCCGCCAUCCACAAGGCUUGUUACCCUAUCAAAGAAAGCUAUCAGGUUGGUUUGACAUGGUUUGUUCUUGACAAAUCCAUACUGACUGUUACUUAUUAACUUAUCUUCUACGUUUUGCAAAUUGAUUGCUUAAUUUGCUCCAUUAUCUUUCUGGGUACUGAAGUGAACUUCACUGGUCUGUAAUUCCCGGGGUUGUCCUUAUUUCCCUCUUUAUAGAUGGGCACUAUAUUUGUCCUUUUCCAGUCCUCUGGAAUCUCUCCUGUCUUCCAUGACUUUUCAAAGAUAAUCGCUAAUGGCUCAGGUAUCUCCUCAGUCAGCUCCUUGAGUAUUCUAGGAUGUAUUUCAUCAGACCCUGGUAACUUGAAACAUCUAACUUGUCUUAGUAAUUUUUAGUAACUUGUUCUUUCCCUAUUUUAGCCUCUGAUCCUACCUCACUUUCACUGGCAUUUACUAUGUUAGACGUCCAAUCACUACUAACCUUUUUGGUGAAAACUGAAACAAAAAUGUCAUUUAGCACUUCUACUAUUUCCACAUUUUCUGUUAUUGUUUCCCCCACACACAUUGAGAAAUGGGCCUAUCCUGUCCUUGGUGUUCCUCUUGCUUUUAAUGCAUUUGUAGAAUGUUUUCUUUUUACCCUUUAUGUCUCAUUUAGCUAGUUUAAUCUCAUUGUGUCUUGAUAACUCUUGUUAACUCAUAUCAGUCAGUGAAAUCUAAGCUUUAGUAAAUCCAACAGAAGUUUUACCAUUGACUUCUGUGGGACUAAUAUUUCUGGUUAGGUGUUGUGGGAAUCUCAGUUUCAACUGGAUGAAUCUAUGCUGAAAUUGAAGGUAAAAUUUCCUUACUUUGCUUUGGUAAUUGUAGAAUUUCACACUGUUUAAUAUAGUAUUUUAAUGUUUUUACUUUCUAUUCAUAAUUUCAAUAAAAUAUUUAAAAAGGUAAAACAAGC